UUAGGAAAGAAUUAGAGAAGCAAGAGACUCUAAUUGCUUUGCUUUAUUUAAUCUUGGAUUGAGAUGUUGAGAAAUACUUGAGUUUGUAUUGAAGACUCUUAUUUUUUUCAAUGCAGACUGUCAAAGCAAUGCAAAUCUGAACAUAUUUAGAGGAAACCCGAGAUCACUGCGCCUUUUGAGGAGAAAAUUCUGAGAAGCAGGAGACUGUAAUGGUUCUUUAUUCAAUCUCAUCGCUGUCUAUGAGAGUGGAUUGAGAGGUUUAAGAGAUCUCAUUGCUAUUUUUUCUUUCCUCUGGGAUGUCCAGUCAUCGCUACACCCCCGUGUUUACCGUGUGGUGUGGACUGAGACUGAAGCGCUUCUCCGCACUCAAACCUUCUCGCUCGCGUUCAUCCAGUGGUUGCUGUGGGAUCCGCUCGCGUCCUUCUCCCGCAGCAGCAGCUCGUCACGGAAACCCGUCUUCCUCAUUCAGUGAUGUGAUGUGCGCUCGCCGUUUGUCAUCAUCAUUAUCGGCGCUGGCGGAGGAGCGGACACACAGUAGCGGAUUCUCUCCUCAGCUUCACUAGAGGAUGUGUUACCGGAGGGAGACGGCGGAGAGUCUUUCCGGGGGCCCUUCCGUGCGAAACGAACGAGGACGGAGCGGAUAGACGCGGAUUUUGGACUCGAUCUGUGCGAAUGACACAAAGCGCUGGGAGGAUUUUGCUGUAUUUGGGGAGCACUCCAGAACGUCCGUCCCGUCUCACGUGAUGCUGAGCAUGUAAAGAUCCAGACUGAGGGGUCGCCCUCCAGGGCCGUCGUCUCUCGUCAUCUGGGAUCAUGUUCUAGAGCCGACCCUACGCAGCAACCAUGAAAAGCUUAGGGGCCAACCAUAGUCGGCAUCUGUCUGACACCUGCGACCCUACUGUGGGCCCCCAGGAGCCCUUGUGUCCCUUGGCCCCGGACCCCCAUGCUGCCUUCCUCCUGAGCCCCACCGUCAACCAUUACACCACUCUGGAUCCUCACCUUCAUCAUUUUCCUGUUUCCACCCCGACGACGCUGCAGUCGGACUGCCUGCUGCCCCUCAACAACCAGCUGACCAACAGCAGCACCUUCCCUCGCCUCCACUACACCCACCAGCCGGAGCAGAGCGACUACACACAGGCUUGUGUGUUUCAGACUGGUAGUCGCUCCGGCACCCUCACGUCCUCCAUGUCCAUGGGUUUGGGUCUGGGACUGGGCGCUCCAGCCAUGAUCAGCAGCGGCACGGCCACCAUCUCAUCCGCAGCGGCCGCCAAGAUGAACCGGCUCCCGGCCAACCUGCUGGACCAGCUGGAGCGCCACCUACCGCUGCAGCGGGACGGCUUCAGCACGCUGCAGUUCCACCGGUGCAGCCGCGGCUCCAAGCAGCGCAGCGAGAGUCCCAGCCGCAUCCGCAAUCUGGUGCAGUCCGUCCAGAAACUCUUCGCCAAGUCCCAAUCCAUGGAGGUGUCGGCGGUCAAAGGGAGCAUCACCGCGGGCCCAGCUGGCGACGCGGCCAAAGCAACCCAGCGAAGCAAAAGCAAAGACCGUGCCAAGACCGAAGGCACCAAACGCCGUCCACGACCCAAUCUCUCAGGCUUCUGGAGCUCGGAUGACGGUUUGGAGGACGAGCCGCCGGCUCAACCUGCAGCGGGCCCGUUAGCGGUGGCGUAUCGAAACCCUCUUAGCAUGAUGACGCUGGGCAGGGCCGUGUCAGACAGUCAGGCGGCCCCCAGACCGCAUCCGCAGGGCUACAACACCAUCGCAGCGCAUUCGCUCAAAUCCUUCAAGAGCAGCGGAGACCUCAAGCCCACCGUCAGCCUGCCACCCUCCACGGGACAGACGGGGGAACACACGCUGGUGAAGAGAGGCUCGUGGUCCACGCUGACCCUCAGUCAGGCCCGACAGGUGCUUCAGAAGGGCUCAACCACCGUCAACCGGACCCUGCUCAAGUCCAAGUCCUGCCACGGCCAGGAGAUGACCUGCAACUUCCUCCAGGUGCCUGCAGGUGACUGGAGCGGGACGCUGGGUAAGGGAGGCGGCGGGGCGGGUGAGAUCCCGUGCAGGCGGAUGCGCAGCGGCAGUUACGUUAAAGCCAUGGGAGACACGGAGGACAGCGACGACUCGGACGGACCUCCUUCACCCAAGCCUUCGCCCAAAACGGCUGCCAGACGUCAGAGUUACCUGAAGGCCACGCAACGCUCGCUCAGCGAACAGCAGCCGCCGCCACUGCUGCCACGCAACCGAAUGCCGUCUCUAUGCGAGGUCUCCACCAAUCGCAGCCUGGAUAACCUGGACUGUCUGAUGGGAGUGGAUGAGGCGGGUCUGCUGCAUUGGGACGCUGAUGGGGGAUUCGGUCAGCGCUGCUCUACACUGGGACGAGGGUCCACCAUGGGCCAGGUGGAGCAGGGCUACCGGGGCAGUGCGGCUUAUAGCCAGCUGGACUCUCAGGCGGUGGAGGCCUUGGAUCUGCCCACACCCACCUGCUUCCGCUCCCGGAGCCACAGUUACCUGCGCGCCAUCCAGGCCGGAUGCUCUCAAGACGACGACACGGGCUCCGUGGACUCCGACGAGACACCACCUAUAACCUCAUCCAUCAGCAGCUAUAACAGCACCAACAUGUCCAUGUGUACGGCCGUCUGUAAGAAGAAUCCUCCGCCUAUUCCUCCUCGCACCACCUCCAAGCCCUAUAUCUCGGUGACGGUGCAGAGCAGCACUGAAUCGGCCCAGGACACGUACCUGGACAGCCAGGACCAGCGCAGCGAGGUCAACAGCCAAUCAGGACGCAGCAACUCCUCCGACAGCAUCGCCAGCUCUCGGACAGGAAGUCUGGUGAAGGCCAGGCGGCCGCCCAUCCUGCCGCCCAUCCCCGCCCCGCGGGAACCCGUGCCCAUGCCCAGUGCGAGAGUGACCACGCCUCCUCCCGCCAUCGCUCUGCCCUCUCCCGCCCCGGACACUAAAAAGGAGCCCGUGAGCCUCACUGUGGCACCUGGAGAACCACAAGCCCUGCCCAAGAGAAAACUCUCAUCCAUCGGCAUUCAGGUGGAUUGUGUGCAGCCGAUUCUGAAAGAGGAACAAACUCCCACCACCAGGUUCCAGUCCAUCGGGGUUCAGGUUGAAGACGGCAGGCCGUGAUGUCUCUUCUCUCUGUGUGUCCAUAGACAGGAGACGACGGAGGCCGAAUCCCAGGAGCAGUCUGACGGUAAACCUUCGGAGAACAAGACGCCCAACCGGUCUCUGGACGGCUGCAGCGUUCACAAACCUCCGCGUGCUUCCGCCUCGCUGCAGGAGAAGCUGGACCCGGCGCUGGACCCGUCCUCCCUCCCGCCGCCCGACCCGUCUCUGCAGGCCGGGAGCGGCAGCGUGAACGGGGACCUGGAGCAGCCCGGGGGCUCUGCGUGCCUCAGGGACGGACGCUGGUUCCAGAAGCUUCUGCAGGCCGAGACGGACCGCAUGGAGGCCUGGUGUCAGCAGAUGGACCAGGAGACCAAAGACAAGCAGCUGUCCGAGGACGUGUUGGGCAAGGUCCGCAGUGCCGUAGGCAGCGCUCAGCUCUUAAUGUCUCAGAAGUUCCAGCAGUUUCGGGGUCUCUGUGAGCAGAACCUGGAUGCGAGCGCUCAGCCGCGGCCCACAGCGCAGGAUCUGGCCGGGUUCUGGGAUCUGCUGCAGCUCUCCAUCGAGGACAUCAGCAUGAAGUUUGACGAGCUCCACCUCCUCCGGUCCAACGACUGGAAGAUGUCUGAGACCCAGGACAAAAAGGAGGAGAAGAAGUCCGCUCCAUCCCACACACCAAAGAAGACGGUGAAGGUCAAACCCACCGGAGGAAAGGAGAGAGGCAGCGACUCGCUGGCCGACAAGCAGCGUCAGGAGGCCAGGAAGCGUCUGAUGGCGGCCAAGCGAGCCGUUUCCGAACGGCAGAACUCCGCCACCGAGAGCGCCGAGAGCAUCGAGAUCUACGUCCCCGAGGCUCAGACGCGACUCUAAUGAACACGAAAUAACAAACUCCUCACGAGCAGACGUUCUCUAGCGCUCCGGGGCCGGUGUGGCCAAAACAACGAGCAAAAAAUACGAAAUAAAAAAAAGAGCAAAAAACUGAAUUUGAACGCUGCCACAGAAGAACCUCCCCCUUGACGUUAAUUUUUAUGGUUACUCUUGUAAUAAUUAUAAAUGUUAUAAAAGUUAAUAAUUAUCUCAUGGAAAUAUAUCAAGACUUGGUCUGUAAAUUGUGCUAAUAUCUCUGAUAUAAAAAAAAAAAAGACGACGAUCUGAGACCCUUUACACGCGUCACAUGACCCGCUUCACACGUCACAUGACUCCCGCAGCAUGCACUCAGGAUCCCGCACGUGUGCACUUGUCUUUCAUCAGCGCAGUCUUCCUGCUCUCACAAAGCUUUUGGUUUCCUCUUUCCACCGGUUUUGGAGCACGAAUGCGUGACUCACUCGAAGGGAACGGUUUCGACGGUACUACGGAUACUUGAAGCGAAGCGCCGCAGGAGCUGGUAGAAUAGCACAGCAAUCAAAACUCACUCAGCUUGUUUUAUCUGUCACGUCAAGCGAGCCAUCUGUCAGUUCUGCUUAUUUAACAGGGUUCAAUCAUGACCACUCGGCUUUGUUUUUAGGAUGAAUGUUUUAAAAACUCGAUGACAAUGUCCAGAUUUUUUACUUGGGCCGACAGUCUGUUUGUUUUGUACUGUUAUUAUUAAUGUUAUUAUGAUUUGAAAGCUUUUAGUUGUGUUUUUGUUGUCCAGUCCUUCCAUGUGUUUCCAAGCGCUGGGUUUCCGGAUGAUUUUGAGAUCGGCUCCAGAUGUGCGUCUGACCAAUCAGAGCCCGUCAUUUGUGACCCAAGAUGUUUUUAAUGAUUGUUUUCUGUCUGAUAUUAAAAGUGUCUGUUACGCAGAA